UAGCCUUCUCCAGUUGCCAGAGAACACCUUGAGAAGUGUAGCUCAUGUAGAGGUCUCUUGACGAAGCCGUCUUCAUGGUGCGAUUUCAUGACUUUAUUCUUUAGGAUGAAGCAUGUAAGGAUACCACAUUUGCUACUACUGUUUGUGUUUGUGCAUGCCUGCUUUGCACAAGCAGAUUUUGCUCCAUAUUUCUACGACAAUGGACCCUACAGUUACAAUGGAAACCUGGCCUUGUUCAGCCUCUCAGAGGACACUGCUGUUGGUACACAAAUUUAUCGUCUUAAUGGCACAGAUCCUGAAGGCCAAGAGGUGAGGUACGGCCUUUCCUUUGAUCCAGGGUCCAAAGAGUACUUCAGGGUCGACCCCAAAUCUGGAAACAUUACAUUAGUAGAAAAGCUGGACAGAGAGAAACAAGACUCUAUUGAUGUUCUUGUCAGCAUCACUGAUGGGCAAAGCAAGGUUGUGGAAAGAGUGACAAUAUUUGUAAUGGAUGCAAAUGAUGAAAAGCCUGAAUUCCAAAACAUGCCUGCGAUCAUUGAUGUACUGGAAACAACAGAGUCUGGAAGCAGUAUCUACAAAGUUGAGGCAGUGGACAGAGACACAGGCUCAGGGGGCUCGGUCACCUACUACCUACAGAGUGCUCAGUCCACUCUGUUUGCCAUCGACAGACACAGUGGAGUCCUUCGUGUCAAAUCUGGAGAAAUGCUGGACUAUGAGAAAGCAAAGACACACUUUGUCAUUGUUAUUGCAAAGGAUGGUGGUGGUAGCUUUAAUGGGAAGGAGCAGUUUAUGUCCUCCUCUGCUACCCUGACAAUCAAUGUGAUUGAUGCUCAAGACACUCUGCCAUCUUUCAUUGGGACUCCCUACUUUGGCUAUGUUUACGAAAUCUCAGUGCCAGGAUCUGAAAUAUUCACUGUUGAGGCCCGAGAUGGUGAUGUGGGGAACCCAAAUCCAGUCCGUUAUUCAUUCGAUGAUGGUGAUGACGGUGUUUUUAGUAUCAAUAAAACAAGUGGUUGCAUCACCCUGUUGACUCUCCCCAUUUAUCUGAAGAGAGAAAUCUUCAACAUUAAAGUCAGGGCUUCAGAAGUAAGUCCCGAAGGCAGACUCAUGGACUAUGAGGUCACCACAGUGGUGAUCCGUGUUGUGGACCUAAAUAACAAUCCGCCUACUUUCUACGGAGAGGACGGCCCACAGAGCACGUUUGAGUUGACCAUGUAUGAGCAUCCACCCGAGGGAGAGAUCCUCCGGGGGCUGAAAAUCACCGUCAAUGACUCUGAUCAGGGUGCAAAUGCUAAAUUCAACCUGAGACUGAUUGGACCAGGAAGAAUGCUGCGAGUUGUCCCUCAGACUGUACUCAACGAGGCCCAAGUCACAAUCUUAGUAGAAGACUCUGCUGCCAUGGACUAUGAGAAAUACCACUUUCUAACAUACAAGCUCCUUGCGGUUGAGAUCGACACACCAGAGAAAUUCAGCGCUACAGCGGACAUCGUCAUUCAUCUCCUGGACACCAAUGACAACGCUCCCAAAUUCUCUUCAGAUUACUACAUUGCCAGAAUUCCAGAAAAUUCACCCGGUGGCUCCAAUGUGGUCACAGUCACGGCAUUUGACCCAGACUCAGGACCUUGGGGUGAAGUGAAGUACUCUAUCUAUGGAUCAGGGGCUGAGCUGUUCCUGAUCAAACCUGACUCUGGGAUCAUCUACACACAGCCGUGGGCAAGCCUGGAUGCUGAGGUCAGGUCCAAGUAUAACUUCUAUGUGAAGGCAGAGGACACAGAGGGGAAAUACAACCUGGCUGAAGUCUUUGUGACUGUGUUGGACUUGAAUGACCACUCUCCUGCUUUCUAUGAUAACUUCCUUGAGAAGACCAUGGUGAUUGGAGCUCCAGUGAAAAUAGAGGCUGUGGAUGAUGAUGCAGAGGUCCCCAACAACGUUAUCGAGUAUGCCAUCAUGAAAGCUGAGCCAGAAAACAAUAUCUUUGACAUUAACGCUGACACAGGCGAGAUCAUGCUGAAGUCCUACAUCAAGUCAAUGGCCAUCAUUCAGAACAUCACCAAGAAGAGAGACUGCACCUGGUCGCUGGUGGUGCAGGCCCGUGACCGAGGCCAUCCAUCCCUCACCACCACCGCCGUCGUCAAGAUUGACAUCACUGAAGCUACUCAACUCAAAGGGGGGCCUUUGGGAUCAUUUUUAAUGCAGAAUAGAAACAAGCCUUUGCAAAUCCUAGGUAUGCUUGCUGGUAUCAUUAGUCUCAUGAUCAUAGUGACAGUCCUCAUCUCCACCGCAACAUUCAUGCGCAACAAAAAGUCCAACCGGAUCCUGCCCAAUCGCCGUGUGAAGAGAAGGCCGAAGACACAGCACACCUGGCUUUUUAAAAACCCCUUAAAGAGACCCGAAAGGAACGAACAGAAAUUUAAGGUUAAAGAGGAAGAGCGGGAACCAGAGGUAAUCGUGGAGAAUGUCAACCACAACAACAAUGCUGGCAGGAUUUUGAGACAGUGGCCACCGCCACCGCCACCCUGUGCACCUCCACCAGCUUUUUGCCUCCCGGUGGAGAGGCAGUGGGUCAUUCCCACAGUCUCAGCAACCGUGGCACCCAAACCUCUAAAGAAGGCAGUGGUGACCAGGCAGGACUCUGUGAGCAAAGCGCUGGUUUCAGAGCUCAAGAUGAGGCUGGAGCAGAAGAGAAAGUCAGAUCAUUAACACUAUUUAAUCAAGGUUCUAUUUUUACUCUCAGACCUGAGGCCAUCUCAAGAACUUAGAAAGGACAGACAAUCAGACAGAGUUUCGUUAAGUCCUGUGUGAUGAUAAAAAGCUCCAGAGCAGCCAGCAAAUGAACCUGAAGGUGGGAUUGUUCGGUAGACUGAUGCUUUCAUAACCUACAUGAACAGUGCUUUGUGUGUGUGUGUGUGUGUGUGUGUGUG